AUGAAUUACUACAGCAGUUCAGGGGACUGGGGCCCAGAAGGGGCAAGGCAGUACGGGCCGGAGCCAAAGGGCAGGGGUGGUAGACACCCAAGGGGCCAGCCUGGGCAUUCUACUACUCAGGCCCGAGUGUUCUCAAUGACCCAGCAGAAAGCACAUGCCACUCCGGAUGUGAUCACUGGUAUGAUUCCCAUCUUUGGCUAUCUUGCACGUGUUCUAAUUGAUACGGGUGCCACACAUUCAUUCAUAACACAUAACUUUGUACCGUACGUCAGUGUUAGACCCACACCCAUGACAGGAAGUUUUAGUAUUUCUUUACCUACGGGAGAAGUCCUGUAUGCAGACUUGGUGUUCAUAAACUGUUAUGUCCAAGUAGGCGAUGCAUGGUUGGAAGCUGACUUAAUUCCUUUAGACUUGGUUGAUUUGGAUAUUAUAUUGGGAAUGGAUUGGUUGGAGAAUCAUCAUGCAUCAGUGGAUUGUUUCCGGAAGGAGGUAAUACUUCGAAGUCCAGGGCAACCUAAAGCCAAGCCAAUUGACGGUCGUUUCAUGACCCGUAUGAUUGAUCGAUAUACGGAGAUGCAAUCGUCUUAA